UUUUAGUUGAAAAAUGGCUUUAAAUUUCUGGAAAAGCAGUCAUUGCCAACAAUGGAUUUUCGAUAAAACCGAGAUUUGGAAGCAACGCGCCGAGGAUAUGAAGAUUUAUAACGAGGAAGAGUACAAUCGAUUGAAUAUUUUCUGGGCGAAUUUUAUAACCGCCGUCGCCACAGAAGGAGCCCACUCACAGGCAAAUGUUGGAUGUAAACUCCGUCAACAGGUUAUUGCAACUGCGAUUAUCUAUUUUAAGCGAUUUUAUCUAAGGCAAUCGUUCCGUGACAUGUGCCCAUUCCUCGUAGCCUCUACAGCAUUAUUUUUAGCGUGUAAAGUUGAAGAACACACUACGUUGAGCGUCUCAAGCUUUCUGAAAAAUACAGCUAUCGUUUUGCCAAAACGAUGGGGAGUGACAUUUGAGACGACAUCGACAAAAAAUGGAGUUGUCUACGAUUCCGAGUUUAUUCUCGUUGAAAUUCUUGAUUGUUGCCUUGUUGUACAUCAUGCAUCACGUCCAAUGUUUGAAUUAUUAGAAGAUUUGAAACAAUUUACUCAACAAUCAACUAUUGCUAAUCAACCUAUUAAAGAUCUGGAAGCAAUUGAAGCUCAAUGUCAAAAAGUGGCAAAUGAUUCGCUAAGAUGUGAUGUUUCAUUGAUUUUUCCACCACAUGUCAUUGGAUUAUCAAGUAUUAUGGUUGCAAUGGAAUUAAUGGGCCGUGGAGAAGAAUUGGAAGCUUGGCUUGUCGAAGUUGACACUGAUUUUGAAAAGGUAACCGACUGCGUUGAGCAAAUCUACAAAAUGUACACACUUUGGAAGUCAUUUGAUGAGAAAGAAGAAGUGAAGAAGUUGAUGGCGAAAUUGCCGAAACCGAAUCAGCAACCGCCCCCGCAACAGCAGCAUCAGCACCAGCAGGGAUAUCAUUUGUAGAAUUUUCUGGAAAUUUUUUGUAUUUAUCGAUUUUUUACUGUAUUUUUUGUAAAUAUUUCCCAAUAAAACUAUUCCUUG